AUGGCAGAUGACGCGGACAUGCGCAAUGAGCUGUCAGACAUGCAGCAACGUGCUGACCAGCUUGCCGAUGAGUCACUGGAGAGCACUCGUCGGAUGCUGCAGCUGGUGGAGGAGAGCAAAGAUGCCGGCAUCAGGACUUUGGUUAUGUUGGACGAGCAGGGAGAGCAACUCGAUCGUGUUGAAGAUGGCAUGAACCAUAUCAACCAAGACAUGAAGGAAGCCGAGAAAAAUUUAAAAGAUUUAGGGAAAUGCUGUGGGCUUUUCAUAUGUCCAUGUCACAAGAUGAAGAGUGGAGCCAGUAAGGCCUGGGGGAACAACCAGGACGGGGUUGUGGCCAGCCAGCCCGCCCGCGUGGUGGACGAGCGUGAACAGAUGGCGAUCAGCGGAGGCUUCAUCCGCAGGGUAACAGAAGAUGCCCGGGAAAAUGAGAUGGACGAGAACCUGGAGCAGGUGGGAGGCAUCAUCGGUAACCUUCGCCACAUGGCCCUGGACAUGGGCAACGAGAUCGACACCCAGAACCGCCAGAUCGACAGGAUCAUGGAGAAGGCUGACUCCAACAAGACCAGGAUUGACGAGGCCAACCAGCGUGCCACAAAGAUGCUGGGCAGUGGCUAA